AUGCUCUUUGGAUUGGUACUUGCUUUCCUUUACAAUUAUGCCGCAGCCGCGAAAUACCCUAACGAAAUUACGGACACUCCGUUAGUACUUUGUGAACCGGAACGGAUUGUCAUCAAGAUCCGCACCACAUCUUCUAAUCCUUCUCAUAUCUACGCUGAUGAAUUCGCUGAAGAUCCUGACUGUUCGUCUCGAAACAUGAACAAGAUCUCUCUCCGACAUGGAAAAUGCGGAAUGAGCAGUGAAAGAACUGAUAACCCAUCCGGCAUCAUCCAACGAGUAUGCAUCUCAGUCCAGCUGCAUCCGCUGUUUGUCACGGAAUCCGACAGAAGUUAUUGCGCUCAGUGCGUUUACGUCCAGAGUAGGGUCCUUGAUGACCUUGAGUCCUCACUAGACAUCAGCGAAGCGCUGCCUACGGAACUCGCUCCAACUUUUGAUGUGGAGAAAAUCCCAAAGUGCACGUACACCAUCCGGAAGGGAUCUGAAAGCGGUCCAGAAGUGCGCUAUGCUACCGUCGGUGAAAGCGUUUAUCAUGUCUGGAAGUGCCCAGGAGAAAACACUGGGAUCCUCGUCCAGAACUGUUAUGUCGAGGAUGGACAGGGUAACAGAAUUCUCGUUAUCGAUCAGAACGGAUGCGGUGUAGAUCAAUACGUGAUGUCAACGCCUGAGUACAGCGCCGACCUGACCACCGCUUUUCAGCCACCUUCCACAUGUCCAACACUCGAAGAAAGAAUUCAGCAAGCGAAGGCAGAACGAGAAGCCAAGCAAGAAGACGGAAAGCAAUUGAUGAAACCAGAAGAGCAAAGCCCAUUCGCCGCAGAUGCCGAUGUUCUGUCACCAUCCUCGAAAGAAGCUAUGCCUCCCGGAACUCGACCGGACGCCGAGAUUAAGCAAAACACAACUCUUGGCAGUAUUUACUUCGGAUACGGCUACGACUCUCCCAGAAGUCGACGAGAAUUGGUCCAACCACAUGUCUCCACAUCGAAGGGUUAUCCAGAGGUUGACCUUGUGGGAGAGUUGAGAGUGUUGGAUUCUCCAGAAGACGUGAUGUACUUUGAAAGGAAGGCAAACGCCGUCCAAACGGAAUGCGUCUCCAAAGUCGCCUACUCCUUAGUUGUUGCCGCCCUGGUGAUCGUUUCCGUGCUCUUUGUGAUUAUGGUCCUGGCGAUAGUAGCCAGAAUAGCAAGCUAUAGGAACAAGAUCAUUCGAUUUGAGAACUGA